AUGUAUCUGUGGAGCAUAGACAUUGACGCAGUGCUGGUGGCCAUGUCCUGCUUUGCCCUGCUGUGUGAGGAAGCAGACAUCCGCUGUGUGUGGGACGAGGUCACUGCUACCGUCACCUACCUGCUGCCCAACUACCACGUCUACCAGGAGCUUGCCGCGGCCUCUACCAUACUCACGACUGGCUAUAUGGAGGCCGUCAUGGUCAAGGUGUCCGCCCCUAACAGUGCCUUGCCCCCCAGGCCGCUGCCUCAAGCGCAUCAUGGCACUGCUGCGCAGGAUGAACGCUGGACCCCAGGCUGCCUGCAGGCGUGGGAGGACACCUUCAUCAACUGGGAGUCCUCCACCAAGAUGCUCGUGUCCUACCCCAAGGCUAAGCUGGAGGAGGGGCAGAUAUCCGAUAGCUUCCACCGCACCGUUUGCAAGCGCCGGCCCUCUCACCAAAGCACCGAGCACGAGAUGGAGAUUCAGGAUCAGGUUAACGAGUGGGCCAACAUGACGGGCUUCCUGUGCGCCCUCGGAGGAGUGUGUCUGCUGGGGAAGUCACCGUCGCGUGCACAGGGGGGAGCUGGCGCACUCAUGGGGGAUGUGCGCAAGCCGGCGGCCCUUCCCAACACCAACCAGGAGAUGCAGUACUGCCCCGUGACACAGUUCGUGGGUCACCUCCUGAAGCUGCUGGUUUGCCACAAUGAGAAGUUCGGGACCCAGAUCCAGAAACACGUCAAGGAGCUGGUUGGCCACGAAAUGUCACCCCUCCUCUACCCCAUCCUCUUUGACCAGACCAAGGUUAUCGUGGACAAGUUCUUCGACCAGCAGGGGCAGGUCAUAGUGAGUGACGUCAACACACAGUUCAUCGAGCACAUCAUCUUCAUCAUGAAAAAUGUAUUGGAGAACAAGACUGACCACCCCUCAGAGCACCUCGGGGUCACCUCCAUUGAACCCAUGAUGCUGGCCAUUGUCAGGUAUGUGCGUCACCUGGACAUCACGGUGUACACGCUGCACAUCAAGACCAAGCUGUGUCAGUUGGUGGAGGUCAUGAUGCAGCGCCGGGAUGACCUCGCCUUCAGACAGGAGAUGAAGUUCCGCAACAAGAUGGUGGACUACCUCACGGACUGGGUCAUGGGCAACUCACACCAGAUAGCGCCCUCGGGGACCAUCGACGUGGCCUCCGUGUCAAACCUCUACAGCUCCUACGACAUCACCGGGUGCUGUCGUGACCUGGACCAGGCGUGCAUGGAGGCGGUGGCGGCGCUGCUGAGGGGCCUCCCGCUGCAGCCCGAGGAGAGCGACCGCGGCGACCUGAUGGAGGCGAAGUCACAGCUGUUCCUCAAGUACUUCACACUCUUCAUGAACCUCCUCAACGACUGCAUGGAAGCCCAAGAGGUUGAGAAGGACAUCAGCCGUCAGCGCGUCCAGCCCGGCAAGCUGUCCACUCUGCGCAACGCCACCAUCCAGGCCAUGUCCAACCUGCUGUCCGCCAACAUUGACUCUGGCCUAAUGCACUCCAUCGGCCUGGGCUACCACACGGACCUGCAGACACGAGCCGCCUUCAUUGAGUGUGGCGUCGGGGGAACCUUGCCGCCCGCUGCAGCUUCCCUGAGGUUCCUGACCUCACCCACCCCAGUGGUGGGCAGCGGAGGCUGCAAGGCCGGGCAGCAGCCUGAGUGGCGGGACCAGCAGGAACACUGUCACUGCUGUUUGCCCGAGACCCGCGCACCCAUUACCUGGACCAGCGGGGUGACCACCACUUCAGGAGCCCCAGGGACCCUCAGCCAGGGCGACGCACGGGACUCAAGGUAUGUGCGUCACCUGGACAUCACGGUGUACACGCUGCACAUCAAGACCAAGCUGUGUCAGUUGGUGGAGGUCAUGAUGCAGCGCCGGGAUGACCUCGCCUUCAGACAGGAGAUGAAGUUCCGCAACAAGAUGGUGGACUACCUCACGGACUGGGUCAUGGGCAACUCACACCAGAUAGCGCCCUCGGGGACCAUCGACGUGGCCUCCGUGUCAAACCUGUACAGCUCCUACGACAUCACCGGGUGCUGUCGUGACCUGGACCAGGCGUGCAUGGAGGCGGUGGCGGCGCUGCUGAGGGGCCUCCCGCUGCAGCCCGAGGAGAGCGACCGCGGCGACCUGAUGGAGGCGAAGUCACAGCUGUUCCUCAAGUACUUCACACUCUUCAUGAACCUCCUCAACGACUGCAUGGAAGCCCAAGAGGUUGAGAAGGACAUCAGCCGUCAACGCGUCCAGCCCGGCAAGCUGUCCACUCUUCGCAACGCCACCAUCCAGGCCAUGUCCAACCUGCUGUCCGCCAACAUUGACUCUGGCCUAAUGCACUCCAUCGGCCUGGGCUACCACAAGGACCUGCAGACACGAGCCGCCUUCAUUGAGGUUCCAAUCCACGACCGAACUAGCCCCCUAAAGCACACCAGCUGA